AACUCAACACUCGUUUCGGGUUCAAUAGAAUUCGAUGGCAGAACGAAACAUUUCUAUUAUUUUGUUUGAUGAUCGGGUUAUCGCCGUAUAAUGUAAUGUGAGUUUGUCGACAGCAGUGUUCGUAUUUUUGGCUGAAUGUUUUAUUUUCUAUAUUUUUACCGAUUACGAGAUAAUUAUCCGAUUUAAAAUAAGAUGCAGGUUCUUCCCAAUUUACGUACUCAACAAUUGGACGAAGAAACAAAAUCAAGUUUCGAUGUAUCGCUCUGCCUGGAACCACCUAGUUUACAAGCAGAACUUAAUCGAUUUAAGGAGAUUCAAAAACAUCCACAGCUGCUGCUGCAAACACUUUUUCAGAUGGAAAAUCAAAAGCCACGGCAGAUUUUCUUCAAGGUGGAAGAUCUAAGGUUGCCAAUCAAGAAAAACGAACAUGAAGCGAUCGAAAUUGUUGCCAACAAGAAUCACAAUGAAUCAAAUUCGUUAGUCUGUUACAUUUGUGGCAACUUGCUUCGUAGGAGUAGCAUGUACGCUCAUUUAAAAGGUCACAACGGAUGUACUUAUGCGUGUACCAUUGACCAGUGCAGUUCUGUCUACAAAUCGAAACAAAGUUUGACGAAACACCAACUUGUUCACCACUUGAAGAGGACAACUAAUAGUGGAAAAAAUGAACGCCGGAUAUCAUCGGCUGAUCAAGUUGAGAAUGGCAAGAAAUCACACAUUUGUGUGCGGGAAGUGUUUUCUAUCAAAAUCUGCGAUUUUGGAGCAUAUAAGAAUACACACUGGUGGAAAACCGGAAAGAUGUCGCCUUUGUUACAGAACAUUUCGACAGAAAUGCGCUUUAAGAAAUCACUCAAGGACCUGUCUCCACGCUGCCACAUUCUCUAUUAAGCCGAAAUGAGCGCUCCAAACGGCACACACGUUGAAUUUACCAGAGUGUUUUUUUAGGAUUUAUUACGAUCCACUUGCGAGAUCAUUUUUUUGCGAACUCGUUUUGGUGAUGUCGGUUGAAUUAUUAUUCGAAGUUUAUGUUUUACGUGUUGAUGUAAGUCUUUUUAUGUUUUAAGAAUUUAUGUUUUUCCUCAAGUAGGAUGAAGAAAAUUUUGUCGCUUAGCGAAAUGUUUGCUCGUUGAAGCUUUCAAUUUCAGUUCAAAAAGUGUGUGCGUGAAUUUAUGGUUUUAUUCCAAUGUAGUUUUAUUAAACAAUUUUUAAAUGAAAUAUUUCCAAAUAAAGUUGUUAAAGUCGA